UCACACUAGCGCGUUGGUUCUAAUUUGUUUGUAUCGGCGUCGGUUGAAUUGAAUUCAUUUAUUUUGUCGCAAAGUAAUUGCUGUUUAUGUAUUAGUUGUGCUGCUAGAACUGGAGCGCUACAAGAGAUCGUGCAACGCAUCGAAGGAAAUCUAAUCAAUGUUAAGCAAAAUGGCUAGCAACUCAAGCGGCGGGGGAGGUAGCACUGCAAGCACUGGAUCGGGACGUCGUCUGCCACUCUCGCUGAGUGGCGGCUCCACCGUCACGCGCUUGCAGCAAUCUUCUGGCAGCAACAGCCGCUCAAAUAGCCCCCAGAAUGGCAACAAAAAGAUCACCGAGUCAUUUUUGCCGGUAAAAAAGAGCAACCACCCGCGGUCCGCUUCUUCAGGAUCGACCUCUUCGUCCGGAUCCAGCCAGAACGGCGUAAGCAAGUCCGCAAAUGGCAAAGAUAAGGCUCAGAAUGGCAGCUCAACAGGCAAAGACCAGAAGGUAGAGAAAUCUAAAGAUAAGUUGCCGGAAAAGAAGGCAAAGGAAGUGGAUGCCGAGAAUAAGGAUAAGGAUGGCGCUGCCGAGAAGACAGAUGUGGAGGUUGUGGUCGAAAAUAAGCAAAUGGAGGUGGUAGCCGAAAAUAGGCAAGAGGAGGUGUUAUCCGAAAAUAAGGAUGUGCUAUCCGAAAAUAAGCAAAAGGCGGUGUUAUCCGAAAAUAUGGAUGUGGUAUCUGAAAAUAAGGAAGUGGUAUCCGAAAAUAAGGAAGUGGUAUCCGUAAAUAAGGAGGUAGCUGAAGUCCCCUCCGACAAAGACAACAACGGAGAGAUUAAAAAGGAAGCUGCUACCGUUGAGAGUACUGUUUCUGUUUCUCAAACGACUGCGGAUGCUGCGGUCAUCGACGAUGACGUAGUGUUUAUUCCUGAUCUCAGCACUCCUACUAAGGAUCGCAAGUCUACACGCAAGUCGGGCAGCCAACAAACGUCACCCAUCAGCAAGGCAAGCAACGCUUCGCCUGCCCAGAGGAUGAAAACCGAAUCAGUUUCUUCAUCGUCUUUGAACUCUUUGGCUCCACAAGAAGAUGUCGAUAUGGAAUCACUACAAGUGGAUGCCUCUCCCAUUCGCAGCGUCCACGGCAAUUCGAAUGCCUUGCCGACGGCUACAUCUACGCCCGGACGGAGUCUCUUCAGUUUCCGCGGUAGUAACAAGCAAAGCACCGAGGUAGAGCUGGCUGCCCAGACUUCCAGCUCGCCGGUAGGAACUCCGGCUCGCACUUUCGCCCAGAUCAGCGGCAGGCGUAGCAUACGACCCGUCGACUCGCUGACGCCCUCGAAAAUAGGCACCUACAGGUGUGGGAACAGCGAUCUGGACACCUCGAACUGCACGAACGCAAGCAUGAAUGCCACAGUCGGAUCAGAGAUCCCCAACAGCUCGUCAUUUUCGUUUUCAUUCUUCGGCCGUGGCCGCAAGCGUGAGCGCACUCCCCCACCACUGGCGGCCUCUCAGUCGACCAGUGACCUGGGCCACGACGUGGAUAUGUCGUCGCCGCCAAAGCGAGCCCGCUUCGACUUGUUUAGCCUGAAUUUGGCUUCUCCCUUCAGCUUGCUGCGCUCGAGAUUCUCCAAGGCAACCAUCGGUACUCCGACCCGUCUGCGUCUGGAGCCGAACAGUUCCGGCGUGGAGGAGCAACAUCUGAACACAUCUUCGGCUGGCAUGCCAGAAGAGGUUGAAGUGGAGGAGGAACAACCCGCCGAAGACGUGACCGUUGGCCAGGAGGCCGGCGCGGAUGAAAGCCCCGCCAAGAAGGAUGUCGAGGAUAAGAACGUCGAUGGCCAGGAUGGCGACAAGGAGUCCAGCGAUGGGGAAAACAUUGCUCCUGUUGAAGAGGUGGCCGAUGCUGCUGAUGUAGCCGGGGUAGUAGCCGAGGGCCGAUCCAUCUGCUCAAUUAUGUAAUACAAUAGGCCAGACCACACGAUACCCUUCCCUUAGUUGAUAAGAUUAUGUCUUAGCAUAUCUGUUCCACCCUCUUUGCUAAUUUGUGUUCUGACGUUACAUGUUAAGAGAAAGUUUUAAGCCAGGAAAAACAUCUAUCUGGCACAGAUUCCUUGCUGGUUGGCUCCUCGCGAACUUCCGGGUCCAGACAACCACCGACGAAUCUGAUGAUCUGUACCCAGGCAAAAGUGGGUACCAACCGUAGAAAACCCAUACGUGUAGGAAUUUUAUAUAAAACACAUAUUCGUGAAAGUCUGUCAUCUUUUCGCCGAGUUCAUAUAUUGUUUCGCAAUAUCAAAA